UUUGGAGAAAUCGUUUGAGAAAUCAAUAUUUAUGUGCAAUUUAUGACCGCUAGAAACCAACAAUUGGACAGAAAUAUUUCUUAAUGAACACUUCUUCUUCGAAGUCUCGCUUUGUCUAUACGCCCAAGAUCAAACGAUCAAACAUAAUUUUUCAGAUGUAUUUGGCGACAGUGUUAACGGGACUUGUGAUCGUGCUAGUCUUGUUGGUGUAUUGGCUCAGAGGACGGAAGGAUCUAUCUAAACCAAGGAUUUGUAUCCUGGUACUUGGAGACAUUGGUAGAAGUCCUCGUAUGCAGUACCAUGCACUUUCAUGCGCAAAGGCGGGCUAUCAUGUGGAUCUGGUUGGAUUUGGAGGAUCCAAUCCCAUCAAGGAACUAGCAGAAAGUGAAAAAGUCACCAUAAAUACAUUGCCAGAAUUUCCAGAAUUGUUUAGAGGUUUGCCCAGACUGCUAUUUUAUGUUACAAAAGCAAUCAUCCAGUUUCUACAGCUCUUUGUAAUUCUUCUUCACUGUGGAUCACAGUGCACACAUAUAUUAGUUCAGAAUCCUCCAGCUAUUCCAUCCUUGGCAGCAGCCUGGUUUACAAGUCUGUUGUGUGGCAGCCAAUUUGUUAUUGACUGGCACAACUAUGGUUUUACUAUACUGGCUCUUGGAGUGAAAAAUCCCCAACAUCUGCUGGUGAAGAUAGCUAAAUGGUAUGAAUUCUUUUUUGGUGGCAUGUCAUCAAGUAAUCUGUGUGUAACUCAGGCAAUGAAGAGAGAUUUAUGGGAACACUGGGGAAUCAGGUGAGGUCAUAAACUAAGCAAACAUGACACAUUGUGGGGUGACUGCCUUGCGUUACAAAUACAAGUAUGUUCACAAAUUACACGCUUGACGUUUUUCAGUGAGAGGAUAUGAAUUUUACUCUGACAUCUUAGGAAAUGUUCACAGUCAUUUGCAUUUUUGUGUAGUGUAGUGUUUGUCAUACUGGUAAUACUGUAUGUACAUCACAUUCCUGAAAUUAACACCCUUAAAGUGCCACUAUGAUCAAAUUCUCCAUACCCAUUUUUUUACAUUUUCACACAAAAUAGGUCUUUCCUAGAU